ACAACGAAACUUCCACUUACAUGACAGUCACGGAAGCCAUUUUAAAUUAUAAAAAUGAAUUCAACGUAGAUCCCACUCAAGAUUGGGCUCGUUCUGAUAUUAGACUUGUCGAAAAAAACGGAGAGUUUAAAUUCAAUAUUUCCGCAUCACGAAAAAAAAGAUUUUUCAAAGAUUUUGUUACAACUCUGCUAAUGCUGAACUGGUUGGAAUUUUUUAUAUUUUUUUUGUUUCUGUAUGUAAUAUCCUGCACCAUCUUUGCAGUAAUUUGGUAUAUUUUGGUCUUAAAUCAGGACCAUGUAAAUAAGAAAGACUGUGUAUAUAACCUCAACACUUUUUUGGGAGCAAUGAUUUUUUCAAUGGUGACCCAGAGCACUGUGGGGUACGGAGACAUGUAUAUUAGUUCAGACUGUUAUGUUUCUGGAAUCGUACUUACCUUGCAAACUCUUAUUGGAAUUUAUCUCGAAGCAAUAACUCUUGGGUUGGCCUUUAAAAAAAUAUCCACGCCACUUUCUAGAGCAAAAACUUGGAUUUUUUCUAAAAAAGCAGUUAUUUGUCAACGAAAUGGAGAAAAGUAUUUAAUUUGCCGGAUAUUGAAUAUCCAGAAAUCGCAAUUAAUCGCUUCAAAUGUCAAAAUGUUUUUUGUGUGUUCAAGAAUGACCGUAGAAGGGGAAAUCAUUCCUUUCUAUUUUAAAAGACUUGCAAUUAAUUUCGAUUCAAGUUUAAGCGACUCUGGUUGGCCCAUAACAGUGACUCAUUUGAUUAACGAAAAUAGUCCUCUUUGUAAAUAUGAUCAGAAUUCCUUUAUUUUCGAGGGCUGCGAAAUUAUUGUUAUUGUUACCGGGAUCAGCGAAUCAAGCGGACAUUCAGUCAAAUCACGGACUUCCUAUAAAUCUAACGAAGUUCUGUGGAACCAUAAAUUUGCAAAUAUUUUUUCACUUAGUGGGAACGACUGGGAAAUCAACAUUGAGCAUUUUCAUAAAACUAUUGCACAAGAAAAAACACGCCAUGAAUUUAAUCAGUAA